GGACGUAAGGGGGAGGGAGGGGGGUUAUUUAUAGGGGCCGUGCCUGUGCCCAAAAUUUCCCCGGAGCUUUAAAGGAACAGUAGACCGUCCCCCAACCCAACACCUUCAAUCAUUUUCGAUCAGUGACGACGAUGGUGGGGGAAUUGAGAGGUGCCCAUCACCGUAGCUGUCCGAAUUGCUUUCUCUGCCUUCACAAUGAAUGAAUGAAUGCCUUAUGGCCCCGACCCCCAAUCGAUUUGUUUUACUUUAAUCCCCUCCUAUUUCAUUUCAUGGUAUGCUUACUCUUUUCAGGGUUAUUCAAACGUGCUCUGCUUUUUGAUUGAUUGAUUGAUCCAUCCAUCCAUCGAUUGAGGUGAAGUGGAUUGGGUUGGGUUUGGUGUAUCGGAUUAGAUUCUAAGCAAAGAUUGAGCUGACCCUUGGCCAGAAUUCGAUUCUACUACCCUUUAUUUUAUCGGUGGGCUGAGCUUCACUGCAGUCCCUUCAUCUCUCAGAUGGACAGGAGGAGUUGGCUGUGGCGGCGGAAGUCUUUGGAGAAGAGCGGUGGCGGUGGCGAAACGGAGAGCUCCGGAUCAUUGUCGUCCCACUCGGAGAGAUUCUCUGAUGAUCAGACUCUGUCCAAUGUUAACACUCACUCUCCUGAAGUCACAUCUAAAGGAGAUGACCAAGAACUCGAUGAAAGUCUGAAGACCCUCUCCGAGAAACUAUCAGAAGCACUUGAGAACUUACGGGCUAAGGAAGAGUUGGUCAACCAGCAUGCUAAAGUUGCCGAGGAAGCUGUUUCGGGAUGGGAAAGGGCUGAGAAUGAAGUUUCGGCCCUGAAGAAACAAAUCGAUGCCUUAACUCAGAAGAACUCAAUCCUUGAGGAGCGUGUAGGCCAUCUCGAUGGAGCCCUCAAGGAGUGCUUGAGGCAGCUCCGUCAGGCGAGGGAGGAGCAAGAAGAGAAGAUAUAUGAUGUUGUCAAGAAAAGCAACGAAUGGGAUGUGAACAAGUCCGAGCUUGAAAAUGAGCUUGUUGAGCUGCGUAAUAAACUCGAAUCUGCCAAAACCGAAGCUGGAAACCCUGUGCUUGCUGAUGCCCUUUAUCGGCUACAUGUUUCUGAGAAAGAGAACUCCAUCCUUAAGCUUGAGCUCGCUAAAAAAGCUGAUAAGUUGGAAUUAGUGGCCCGUGAGAAAGAGUUGAGCAUUCUUGCUGCUGAAAAUGCUAGCAAGCAACAUCUCGAGAGCAUCAAGAAAGUUGCGAGACUUGAAGCAGAAUGCCGCAGGUUACAGGCAGUGGCUCGUAAAGCAGCAGGUACUGAUGAUUACCGGUCAACUGCUGCCUCUUCUGUUUAUGUCGAAUCCUUCACCGACAGUCAGUCGGAUAGUGGGGAAAGGGCACAAGUUGUCGCAAAUGACAGCCGUAAAAAUGGUGGGUUCAGGUCAUUUGUUGAUCCAUGCCAUGCCCACUUAGGACAAUGUAAGUCCGACAUUAGCGUUGAACAUGGUUCAGUUAUUCCUUCCAUGGGGAUCGAUUUGAUGCAUGAUUUUCUUGAGAUGGAGAGGCUUGCAUCCUUAUACGAGACCGGGAAUCACAGCACUUGUGGAGAUCAACAAAAUUGUUUGAAAGAUGAUAUGGAACCUUUGAUUAACAGGGUAGCCGAACUGGAAGAUAACUUGAGGAAGAUAACCGGGGAGAAAGAGAGCCUCGAGAUUGCUCUGGACGAGUGCCGAACUCGACUCCAAUCUUCAGAAGAUCAACGCAAGCAAACAGAGGUGGAGUUGAAUAAACAGCUGGCUCUGGAGGUUGAAGCAAAGCGAAAUGCAGAAGCAAACCUGAUACAAAUCAAGGACCUGUUGGAGAAAGCGAACAAAAUGAAGGACAUUGUCAGCAUAGAACUCGACAAUGCCAAUCGAAGGAAGGAGAAGGCAGAGUCGCAACUCGAAUCAACACAAGUUGAAUUAGAUCGCUUGAAGAAAGAAAUUGAAGAAGAGAGAAUUGUUUACAGGGAAGCCGUCGAAAAGUGCAACAAACUAGAAGCCGAACUGUCAAGGACAAAAGUCGAGUACGAUUCCCAGAGAUCAUCCAUAUUGGAGGAGUUCAGAAUCAACCAGGAUAAAGAAAUGGCCAUAGCUUCCCGUAAAUUCUUCGAGUGCCAACAGACGAUCGCAUCGCUUGGCCGCCAGCUGAAUUCGCUAGCGGCGUUGGAAGAUUUAUUGAUUGACGAGGAGGGGCUGGACGUCUCCGGCCGCUGCUGAAUGAAUGGGCAGAGUGGCACUGGUUAGUUAGCUACUCACUGCAGUUUUGUGCUUCAAAAACUAUACAAUUUUUCGACUACAUUAUUUAUUCGCGGGGGAAGAUAUAAAUUUAUUUAUAUAUAUUGUUAGCAUGUGUAAAAUAAUACUUGUACAAAUUACAUGAUUCGUUUAAUAUAAUUAUGAAUCACAAGUUUUGUC